UGAACUCCAAUUGGGUCCUGGUCCCGGCUCAGGGUCCUGUAUAAAAGCCUCAUCGAGGCCUGGGAGUGCAAACAGUUGGGCUUUUGGAGUGGGUCAAGAUGCAUGUCCAGGAAUUGUUGUUCGUUGCCAUGGUCCUGAUGCCCCAGUGUCUGAGAGCCCUGCGAUACAGUCAGGGCACUGGCGACGAGAACUGCGAGACCCUGAAAUCGGAGAUCCACCUGAUCAAGGAGGAGUUCGACGAGCUGGGCCGGAUGCAGCGCACCUGUAACGCGGAUGUCAUAGUCAACAAGUGCGAGGGAUUGUGCAACAGUCAGGUGCAGCCAUCGGUCAUAACCCCAACGGGGUUUCUGAAAGAGUGCUAUUGCUGCCGCGAAAGCUUCCUCAAAGAAAAGGUCAUCACGCUGACCCACUGCUAUGACCCGGACGGCACUCGUCUCACCUCCCCGGAAAUGGGCAGCAUGGACAUCCGCCUAAGAGAGCCAACUGAAUGCAAGUGCUUCAAAUGCGGUGAUUUUACGCGCUAACUUGUUCAUACUUCGAUAUACGAUAUGUGUUAGUAAAAAUUUCAUACUAAAUGCCAUUAAAGGAUUAAAGCUUUUCAGAUCCUUGAAAUUGUUUGAUUAAAUUUCAU